AUGCCCCAAUUCCAACGCCAACGCUUCCAUUGUGAAAUCACCGUUCGCCAACUUGCCCACGCCAACCAUUUCUCCGGCGUUGAAGAUAUUAUUGAGCAUCAAAAACACUACCCAGAUAUUCGUAAUGAGUACUUUGUCGCCCGUCUUAUUCUUCUUUUUGGCAAAGCCAAAAUGUAUGAUAAUGCCCGUAAGUUGUUCGACGAAAUGCCUCAGCUAAAUUGUCCGCGCUCUGUCUUUUCCUUCAAUGCCCUUUUGGAGGCAUGUCUUAAGUCAGAGAGAUAUGAUAAAAUUGGCGGGUUAUUUAACAAAUUGCCCCAGAAAUUGUCAAUUGAGCCUGAUUUAGUGUCGAAUAACACUGCCAUUAAGGCAUUAUAUAAGGAGGGUUCAUUGGAUUCAGCCGUGUAUUUUAUGGAUGAGAUGGAAAAGCAUGAGAUCAAGCCGAAUAUUGUGACUUGUACUAAUGAGGUUUCUGAAGCGAUUCAGUUCUUCAAGGAGAUUGUUAACAAGGGUUUCAAACCGGACACAUUCAGUUACAAUGCUAUGAUAAAAAUGUAUGUUGCUCAGAGGAAUCUAAAGGAGGCUAAAAUGUGGUAUGAGAAGAUGAUGCAAAAUGGAUGCCUUCCAGAUUAUGCAACGUUUACUAUGCUUAUUACUUUGGCUUGUGAUGCCAAUAAUUUUGAUGUUGCACUUGUUGGGAUUUUAACACAAAGGCGGUUUGAGAAAGGGAAAGGAAAAUUUGUUCGAUCUGCAGGAACCCUCCAUGAGGAAAAGCAUGGUUCAGGGGCAAGGAAUUUCGUUCGUUCUGCAGAGAUCCUCCAGGAAGAAAGCAUGGCUCAGAAAAAGCCUAGAGCUAGCGCCGAUAGGGACCAAAGGGCUGAAAAAUCAGCUGCAAUAGACACACAAGUUCCCCCACCCAGCGGAUUGGAUCUUCUUCUGCAGCCAAAACAAUAG